GGGUUGACCGCCUUAUUACUCACGAGUGAGCUAUACAGGUCUUCCUUAACAAGUGGCAAUAAAGGCUUUACAGCACCCCUUACACCGUCACAUAUUUUUCUUUAGGCCACAUAUUGUCUUCUUCUUUUUAAGUCUCCCUUUGCUCAUGUCCCUCUCAAGUACCUUUGUUGCCAUGGCAACAGUUCCAUCGUUUCUUAGGGUAGAGCAGGAUGACAUCUCACGCAAGAUUCUUUAAGUCAAUGCUUGUUUGGACUGACCUCAAACACUCAGCUGGGGCCAGUGCUGUGGCCCUUACCCUGCUCAUCUGUGGCACUGUUUUCUCUUUUUUGCUCGAGGCUCGGUUUAUUAGACUGCUAUGUCUGUCUCUACAAUAAUCAUUGGCCGUAUCUCCAUGGACCUGUUCCAAAGAAUGGGAAGAAGCUGAUACUCAUGAUCUAAAAUUGAAAAAAAAAAGUUAGUAUUAAGCAUUUUGAGUUAAAUAUGGAGCUUUGUGAGUGGUUGGAUGCAUAGUAAAUACUGUGGCAAGAAGGAAGAGUUAGGGCAGCUCCUCCUCUGCAUGUCGAUGUUCUCUUUGGAAUUCCCUCAUGGGCUCCGUUUUGACAGGUUACCAUGUGCGUUUUUCAGUCCUCUCUGUGUGUCUUUAAGACCCAGCAGGGCCGGGCACGGUGGCUCACGCCUGUAAUCCCAGCACUUUGGGAGGCCGAGGCGAGCGGAUCAUGAGGUCAGGAGAUCGAGACCAUCCUGGCUAACACGGUGAAACCCCGUCUCUACUAAAAAUACAAAAAAUUAGCCGGGCAUGGUGGUGGGUGCCUGUAGUCCCACCUACUCGGGAGGCUGAGGCAGGAGAAUGGUGUGAACCCAGGAGGCGGAGCUUGCAGUGAGCAGAGAUCGCGCCACUGCACUCUAGCCUGGGCAACAGUGCGAGACUCUGUCUCAACAAAAAAAAAAAAAAAAAAAAAAAGACCCAGCAGACCUACCUUCCCCGUGACUCAUGGAAUAUUAGUCCUAAAAGGAGUCACAGAACUGAGUCCAGUGCACUGAUUGCAUUCUUAGGGAAACUGAGACCCAAAGGGGCAUGUGUCUUGCUAAGAUCACUCAUCCUUUAUUGGUGCAGAUGGGAUGAAAACCCACAUCUCCCAGCCUUCAGUUGAGCUUCACCUUUGCUACUAUUUGUUAGUUUUUUAAAACAGAAAUUAUUUGAAAGUUUUUACUGUCAAGCUAAUUUCCUCUCAAGCCACUUCAACAUUUCUGUAAAACGUGGCUGUAGCCAUAGUGGAGACCUCAUUUGGCAGAUGUGGACGGGUGGUGAGGCUGUACCUCCAAAUUUCUUAACUCUUUUUCCAACAAGAAGGUUGGCUUGCCAAUUCUUUGAAAAAAGGUAGGAGUUUCUGUAAUCUGUUCUCUUAACUACAUUUGGGAUGCUUGUAUAUAUGACUACAUAUAUUUAUAUAUUUUCCAUGGGCAAUAUUUUGACUGUUUCUCUUUUGAAAGACAGUGUGAAUGAGUAUGCCAGAAAUCACAGAUGAUAUGAGAAAUGCUAUCAAUAAAAGCAUUUUUUCAGAAAGGUGAAUUAAAUAACCCCAAAAUAAUGUAAAAUUUUUCCUAAUGUUAUUUUGCAGUCAUUAGAAAACCUAAUGCUUGUAACCAAUGGGGGUGAUGCUUGUGGGACAGUACAUGGCUGACGUUGUGGUUUUCACUGGGCAAAAUAAUUCAGAUCUACGAGUCUUUUGGCAUGGGCAUAGACAGAAAGAUUGCAUAAUUUGUUCUUGGAUGACGUGAAAAAGAACCCUGAAUAUAUUUUUCUUUUCUAUGCUUCCAAAGUCUGAGUAGGAUGUUUUACAUGGAUGGGUAAUAUAGGAUUUUAGGAGACAGAUAAUGCUCUGUUUUAGAUCUUCAGUUGGUCUUUCCAACUUGUAGAGGUGAUGUGGUGAUCACAUAUUUGACUAGUGGUUAUGCUGUUUUCAUAUUUAAGUUGCCUGUAGCAAUUCGUGAUUUGCUAUCAGUACAUCUAUCAAUCUGUAAUAUUACAGUCGAUAUCAUUCUUCUUUUUCCCAAAUACUUGGUAAAAGAGAAAGCUAACAUGCACUAGGUUCCUACCAAGCAGAUAAGAUGAGAUAAUCUAUGUAAAGUACAUAGUAUAACCCUGAAAGGGAUUAUUAGUCCCACUUGACAGAUGUGGAAAAUGAGCCCUAGAGAGAUUAAAUAAAAUCCAACCUUCUAUGACUAAGUGACUAAAUUCAGGUCUCUGAUUUCAAAGCCCAUACUCUUUCCUCUGAGUUGCAUUGCCCCUACCAGGUACUUGGCAAUUAUUGUCUUGUGUAAUCUUUGGAUCUUUGCCUUGAUAAGGUGCUUAAUCAUUCCCUUCACAGUUCAUAGUAAAGUAAGAAUGACUAGCAUUUCGCAUCAUCACACACAAGCCUAAGAGUCAGCAAGACUCACCUUACUGUAAAGCUAGCUUCAUCAGCUCCAGCAGCUUUCCAGGUAGCAUGAUGUCACUGGCAGAGUGGAUCAUGAACUAGCACAUGGGCUGCAUCAGGAAGCCCUGGGGACCUGGCAGAAGUUGAGAGUGUGGAGUGGGAGAAUGGAAGAAGGAGUAAUAUAUUAACCUUACUGAUACACAAAGUUGCUCCUUCUUUUUCUUGCAGGUUAGUGCACAUAAUUGUUAUCUCACUAUUACUGUGUUGUUUUUGUUUUUGUUUGGCUUUGCAGUUUAAGAUACCUUUUAAAAGCCACCAUCUGUUUUAGGUGCUAGAUUAAAGUUCUGGUUAAAACAAAACAAAUAGUUUUCAUAAUCUAGUGAGAGAGGUUUUUUUUCUUUGUUUUUUUUUUUUUUUUUUUUUUUCUACAGUAUUCAAAGUGCUUUCUGAACAAACUUAAAUUGUGUGGAUGUAAGCGACACAGAGAAGUCAUAAAACAAGGCUCUCAGAUUCAAGUAAUAAAAGCAUGGGAGCUGGAGGAGAGGGACAAAAAAUUAAGUAAAAGAGGAAAAUAAAAACUCUCACUCUGCAUUGACCCUUUUACUGAGGUGUAAGGUACAAAGCAUAAAUAAUCCACAUGGAGAGUGACAAGUCCACUUACUUAAUUCAUUAUUUAUUUUAGUUAUUGGAGAAGCUCAUUUCUGCUUAGCCUCCGGACAUAUUUACAAGUGUGAUAGAAAAAAGACAGUCCCUGCCAUUACUGUUUACAAUCUACAAUAGAUAAUAUAUAAACAAGACAUAUUAUUUUGGUAGACAGAUGCAUCCAGAUACACUUUAAACAAACAAGAGUACAGCAAUUAAUGUGCAUAUGAAAUCCGUAAGAUAAAUCAGCUAUCGUAGCACGUGAAGAAAACUAAUACAAAUUAAGGAACUGGAACAGAUUUGGGCCAUAUUUGACUAUUUUCGUAUGAAGAAACAUUAUUUUAGAAGAGCAAUUUGGCUGCAGCAGAGUCAGGAACUGCGCAAGCAGCAUUGUGACUUGCUUGUUCCACAAGCAGAGGCUGGGCAGCACUCAAUAACACCCCUCACCUUCAUGGGCCUUCAGCCGUAGAGAGGCAAAUUAGAGCAGUGGCAUAAGCCACAAAUCACAGGCUGUUGUUAGAUUUAGUCUGACCCUUAGCAUCAUUUUAUCUGAGUCCUCUUGAAUUUAAUGUGAUUCCCUUCACACCACCCCCUCUCUGGACAAAUACUAAUAUUGUUAUUGUUAUCACCGUGAUUACUUGUGGCUGACCUAAUACCCUUCUGCCCUGAAACCACAGGACCUUGCCGCAGCCUAGGCAUUAAUAGCCCUCACGGCACCUCACUGACAUGGCUGCACUGGAGUUGAAGUUACAAAGCAGGAAGUAUCAUUUGGUGCCCCUGCUACCCUCGCCCCUUUCAUCUUUAUUAUGCAGUUUCUUCUUAUGGUGCUGCCCAUUUUCCCAAGGAAUUAAAGUCGCAGAUAUUUUGAUUUCAGGGGAGGGUGAGGGGGAAGUUGGGCUCUGAGUGUAGAGAAGCAAGAGCUGGCACACCUGUCCUUAGGUUCACAGCACAGCCUUUCUCCUGCUGGACACAGGAGUAGGAUGAAAAGCCAACAUCAAUGACCUUGAGUGUAUAGUUUCAUAAUCCAUGAAUAAUUUCAGGAAUUACAGAUGUACUCUUAGUGUAGAACAUGCAGAAUGCCCACCGUGGAUUCAACACUGUGCAAACUCUGUGUUUGGGGUUUUUUCUCAAUUGGUGGCUUUAUAUCAACCUCCCCAGCACACUUAUAUCUAGGCUUUUAUAAUGAUUAAUACACCAGGAAGAAUCAGUGGUACGGACACAUUGGACAUGUGGUAUUUAUGGUCUAGAGGAUAUUAUUACCAGGAACUCAUUGGUGCUCUCCACAAGUCUAAUGGUGGUUGAGCAGUAAACAUGGAGGCACAAAAGGAUAUAAUUAAAGUGACUCUGGAAGCAAUCUAAAAAGUGGGAAAUGGAUUUUAUGGUGCCUAGUUCCUAGGGUUCAUGUAGAGUUAAGACCUGGAAGAGACUUUGGAAAUCCCUAAUCUUGUUUUAUAGAUAAGAAAACCUAGAGUGGUAUCAGUUUGCUUAAGGUCAUACAAUUAGUCAAUGGCAUAGCUAAGACUCAAAACUAGUUUGCCUGUUAAGUCCACCAUAACAUCCUCAAUGUAGAAUGUCCUCAAAUGGAUGAUGUUGCUGACUUCUUUUCUUCACAACCAUCUCUCCUCUCUCUCUUUUUUUUUGAGAUGGACUUUUGCUCUGUCGUCCAAGCUGGAGUGCAGUGGCACAAUCUCGGCUCACUUCAGUCUCUGCCUCCUGGGUUCAAGCAAUUCUCCUGCCUCAGCCUCCCGAGUAGCUGGGAUUACAGGUGUGUGUCACCAUGCCCGGCUGAUUUUCUUAUUUUUAGUAGAGAUGGGGUUUCACCAUGUUGGCCAGGCUGGUCUCGAACUCCUGACCUCAGGUGAUCCACCCACCUUGGCCUUCCAAAGUGCUAGCAUUACAGGCGUGAGCCACAGCAUGCAGCCCCUCUCUCUCUCUUUAGACUAUUAAUAGUUGGGUCAUUUUCUAUUACUAGUAUUUUCACUGCCGGGUCUAUUUUGUUAUUAUUUGGGGUCUCAUUAUGGACUGUUUCUUGGAUCUGGUAGAAUUUGAAUGGUGUACGUCAUCAUGAAUACUGAAUUACCUGAGCCUUUCCCUGCAGAUUUCAUGUAUUAUACAAGGAAAAGUAUAAUGUAUUGGUUAAGAGCAUGGAUUCUAGACUGUGACUGCCAGGGUUUGAAUCCCAGCUCCGUCAUUUACAUGCUGGUUGUUUUGGACACAUUAUUUAACCUUUCUUUGCUUCAGUUUCCUAAUCUAUGUAAUAGGAAGGAUAAUAGUAGUAUCUACUUCAUAGGUAUCUGCCUUGGAGUUAAUACACAGAAAGCAAUUAAAAUAGUGCCUGGUGCAUGUUAAGCCUCACAGUAUGUUAUUAUUGUUAUUAUUAUUUUCUUCACUCUCCAGCAGUGGCCUUGAGCUACCUAAAAGGCUGUGUAAUUUAAUCUUCCAUUCAGUUGAGGAAGGAGCUCUGUUGUAACAGUCCCGGGUGGCGUUAUCCAGCUCUGCUGUGGCACAGCCGUGGAUGAGCAGUUUCUUCCUUGUGAGCCAGCUCCCCACCACCUGUAAUGCUCAGUUUUCAGUGCCAGCUUUGUCUUCUGGACCUGCACAGUUUUUGAGUAUCCGAGGAGCCCAGGAGGAGGAGCCCACAGACCCCCAGCUGAUGCGGCUGGACAACAUGCUGUUAGCGGAAGGCGUGGCGGGGCCUGAGAAGGGCGGAGGGUCGGCGGCAGCGGCGGCGGCGGCGGCAGCUUCUGGAGGGGCAGGUUCAGACAACUCAGUGGAGCAUUCAGAUUACAGAGCCAAACUCUCACAGAUCAGACAAAUCUACCAUACGGAGCUGGAGAAAUACGAGCAGGCCUGCAACGAGUUCACCACCCACGUGAUGAAUCUCCUGCGAGAGCAAAGCCGGACCAGGCCCAUCUCCCCAAAGGAGAUUGAGCGGAUGGUCAGCAUCAUACAUCGCAAGUUCAGCUCCAUCCAGAUGCAGCUCAAGCAGAGCACGUGCGAGGCCGUGAUGAUCCUGCGUUCCCGAUUUCUGGACGCGCGGCGGAAGAGACGGAAUUUCAACAAGCAAGCGACAGAAAUCCUGAAUGAAUAUUUCUAUUCCCAUCUCAGCAACCCUUACCCCAGUGAGGAAGCCAAAGAGGAGUUAGCCAAGAAGUGUGGCAUCACAGUCUCCCAGGUAUCAAACUGGUUUGGAAAUAAGCGAAUCCGGUACAAGAAGAACAUAGGUAAAUUUCAAGAGGAAGCCAAUAUUUAUGCUGCCAAAACAGCUGUCACUGCUACCAAUGUGUCAGCCCAUGGAAGCCAAGCUAACUCGCCCUCAACUCCCAACUCAGCUGGUUCUUCCAGUUCUUUUAACAUGUCAAACUCUGGAGAUUUGUUCAUGAGCGUGCAGUCACUCAAUGGGGAUUCUUACCAAGGGGCCCAGGUUGGAGCCAACGUGCAAUCACAGGUGGAUACCCUUCGCCAUGUUAUCAGCCAGACAGGAGGAUACAGUGAUGGACUCGCAGCCAGUCAGAUGUACAGUCCGCAGGGCAUCAGUGCUAAUGGAGGUUGGCAGGAUGCUACUACCCCUUCAUCAGUGACCUCCCCUACAGAAGGCCCUGGCAGUGUUCACUCUGAUACCUCCAACUGAUCUCCCAGCAAUCGCAUCCCGGCUGACCCUGUGCCCCAGUUGGGGCAGGGGCAGGAGGGAGGGUUUCUCUCCCAACGCUGAAGCGGUCAGACUGGAGGUCGAAGCAAUCAGCAAACACAAUAAGAGUCUCCUUCUCUUCUCUUCUUUGGGAUGCUAUUUCAGCCAAUCUGGACACUUCUUUAUACUCUCUUCCCUUUUUUUUCUGGGUAGAAGCCACCCUUCCCUGCCUCCAGCUGUCAGCCUGGUUUUCGUCAUCUUCCCUGCCCCUGUGCCUCUGUCCUAGACUCCCGGGGUCCCCGCCCUCUCUCAUAUCACUGAAGGAUAUUUUCAACAAUUAGAGGAAUUUAAAGAGGAAAAAAUUACAAAGAAAAUAAUAAAAGUGUUUGUACGUUUUCAUGCUGGUGGUUUGAGGAGCCAAAUUUACCUCACUCGAAUCCCUCACUCCCUAUGUUAACAGAAAAUCCUUCUCUGUUUCUCUUAUUACUCUCACUACCUCUUAGCAGGAAUACGCCACAUUGCCCUACUCAUUCCAGGCCUCCCUGCUUUCUCUUGCUCUUCCUUCCUGGGGACAGUACUGAUUGGAACACUUUCCUCCUCUUCCUUCCUAGCCCCAGCUAUUCACUGGGGACUGUCAUAGCUGGGAUUCUAAAGGUGCCACAUUUUUCAGUUUCAUCUCCACUAGGUUGGUUCCUGGGCAGGAAGUCAGGCAGCAGGGAAGGACACGGGAACAGCAGGUGGAGAAUUCCUACAGGCUUUCUUAUCCUGCUAGGAACAGCUCUCAGUUUCAGAGGCACAGUCUUUGGAGACCAUUCAAUACUCGGAAAGCAGUAUUUAGAACCUAUUGCAAAACUGGGCCUGAGUUAGGCAUGGUGAUGAAUGCAUCAGAAAGGAAUAGAAAGUUCUUAUCCUGAAACCCUUCAACCUCAACUAUGCCUUUAUAGACACACACGUUUACGCACAUGCAGGCACAUGCACCAUCUCACAUCCUCACUUUCCCAAGAUGCCAUAUACAAUUACCUACAUUAAUAAGUGUAGCACUAUACCUUAUGAGCCCGAGAGAGGGAAUUAGUGACUCUAAGUGAAGGUCACCGACACAGAGAAGCAGUAUGUGUCUGGGGCUUCUAGGACCUGCAGGCCCAUUAGCGUGCACUUACCAGAAUGGCAUACACAGGACCUGAUCAUGAGGAAGACCAGGUUUCCAGUGUAAACUACUCUUGUUCCCACCACCUCUGGAGCACUCAGGGAGCCACAUACAGUAUUUACAAUGUCUUUGAUGUACUUGGUUCUGUUUCAUUUUUUGUUUUAUAUUAGGCACACUGUAUUAAUUUUCCAAAGUGUUAUACCACACUAUGUUCUUGGUCCUGACCUAUUGCUCUGGAGGAAAGAGUUGUAUAAGAACGUGGCUCAUGUGAACUUUUGCUAGCUUCAUUUGAGGACCUGAGAAUCACGGGGAAAGGGAAGGUAAUGUUUUCAUUGAAAUCAUCACAGUGAUUUUUAUUCCCUGGGAACGCAGCGUGUACUAAAAAUACAUGAGAAAAUAGCAUGUACAUGAAAGCUAUUCUCAAAAGUCACCUGAGCUCACCAUCUUCAUAGCCAACCCUACCAGCUAUAAAGAUGGCAGCUCUAUCACUUGAUUAAGUGGGAGGUGGUCAAAUAUUUUGGUGCCUCAUUUUCUUCAUCCGUGAGAUGGGAACUGUUAUGCCUGGCUUACUAAGAGGCCUGGGAGAGACUGAAGAAGUUGAUUUUAUUCAUAUCCAUCUGUAAAUGCGAAGUCAGGGGAAGUAAUGUCCCUGAAAUAAACAGGUUCAUGCCAUCUAGGGACAAUAAAUGGUUUUCUUUUUGUAACUUCUGGUUAAUAUCAGUACCUUGAUGUCAUCACCAUGAUGACAAAGAGAAGAGUUAUUGUUGAUCUUGGUUUUGGUCUGUGUGGUUUCUUAGGAUAAAGAAAAACUUCCAAACUAGAAAAACAGGCCCUGGUUCUCUUAGUUUGCAUUUGAACCCAAUAUGUUGCCUUGUACAUACUUGGUCCCUGUCACAUUGACUGCUUGAGAGGCUUCCAGGGAGAAGUAUGAGACCCUGAGGGGUGAGAAUGGGCAGCUAGCAAGAACAUGGAAAUUCUGCAUGUCUCUACAGUCAUGAAUAGAAAACACUGUGUGUGCUCAGGGAAGCAGGGGAUGCCACUGAAGAAACUCAAGGGAAUGUGUAUUUGAAGGAAAUGCAAAAACUAAAUAUUUAGCAAAAUGAAAUUAUGCCUUGAUGACUAAAAGGCACUAGAAAGGUUGUGUCUACUAACUUCUGCCCUAAUCGGAACAGAUGCCUAGAAGGAGCAUUUUUGUGACAACUUCAUAGUGAUUAGAAUCAGUGGAGAACUCCAUCUUAGUGGCAGGAAUAUAAUGAAACUACCCACACAAGAACAUGGUUGAACCACAUUUGCUUGACUUAGGACAAAGUAUGAAAGAGAGACAAAAGGGUUCUCUUGGAAACAAGAGUGACUCCUGAUGUGGCCUGAAUAAUUGCCAUGUUAAGUUAAUGCAAAAGAUCAGAACAGUGCUACAUUUGCACAGGCAGUUUCUCCCCGGGCAGUAGUUUUCACUGAUGAUCAGCUUUCACAGCAUUUUCCCCAACCAGCAUUUCACUUAGUCUUCUCUAUACCCAGCACCUCCCCCUGGCACCCCCUGCAAGCCCACUAUCAUUUCCGACUUCCAACGUGGCAUCCGUGAGAUCUGUCCACAUUAGGCGAAGCAGGAGAACACUGAGAGCAGCAGGAUGGGUUUGGAAAGAGCGUGCCUCUGGAAACACAGCUUCCUGGGAAUUCACAUGAGGCCAGUCCUAUAGAUAGCAAGAUGCACCCCAGGAUUUCUUCAUUUUCUAAUAGAUGUGGGAGUGCUCCAUUUUCCCCAAUAGCGAAUUUCCCCUGAGAAACGAUACUAGACCCUGGGUUUGCCCACCUUGUAACUCUUCCUUAUCUCCUCCUUUUCAUUCCUAAUUCCUCCUCCCCUGGCGUGGAAUUGACGCCCGUGCAGUACAUUUGCCAAGUGGCACCUUCUUUCAAUUUAUGUUUCAUUUUGCUAUGGUGGUGAUUCUUUAUUUGCUGGUUGUCUUUUCUCACACAUCUUUCUCUCUCUGUCUCUCUCUUUCCUGCUUUUUGUUUUUCUGCCCAGAAAAACCUGACUUCGAUACCAAAAAAGAUGAAACUACAGAAACUCAAAUUUAAAAAAAACUUUAAAAAAAAAACAAAAAAAUACUCAAUGAUUCUUUCAGCUUUAUUAACAUUUUCCAUUGUUUCUUGCGACUUGUGUCUCGUUCUUUGUAGUAUUGAUGAGGAACAUUUGAUAAUGAAUGUUCUUGUAUAUUCAGAUAAAGAAAAAAAAACCAAAAAAGCGGUCUGAAUUUAAUAGUGUUUAUAAUAAAAAUUUUAAAAAUGACCCUCAUAGCACGCAAAACAGGAUGGGGAAUUUCCCCUCUUCCUUCUGUGACAAUGCGCAUCAUUCCUGCAUUAGUUUUUAACACCAAACUACCUACAUUCAUCAUUUCCCUCAUUUUUCUUUUAUUUUCUUGCAUUUGUGAAUUAGUUCAAGAAUGCUAGAAAAGUGUCGAGUUGUGCACAUCCAUUUCUUGUUUCACAAUGUUUAAAAGUGACAGUAAUUCAUUUUGUAAACUAAAAAAAAAAAAGGUUGGAAUAGUGAGCAUAAUAGGUACAACCUAACACAUUAUUAUGUUUAUUAACUUUGAGACCCAGAAAUAAAUUCUUUUCUUUUCUUUAUUCUUGCUCUUAAAAAUACAAAAAAAAAUGUUUUGUUUUGUGUUAUUUUUGGUUUGUUUAUUGGGGGGGCUUUUUUUUAAUUGUCAGGAUUAUGAUCUUGCUGUUUUUCUUCAAUAUGUAUACAAGGUGAUGUGAAAAGAUGACUUGGGCAGAGUAGUAAGAACAAGUAGGCUUGUUCUUUUACUUUGCUUCGGAAUUCAGUUAAUGCCAAAAGCAAAGAUCAAGCCCAUGUUGAUGUCUCAUUGCUCACCUGCAUUUCCAGAGAGUGUGACACUCAUGCAGUCCCUGAGAAAAAUAAAAUCAGGGACAUGCUUCUCCUUUUAGCCUUUUAAAACUUCAAAACAUUUAGUCCAAGGGAACUUUUUAUGCUAUCAGGAAAGGUUUUUGCCGUUUUUGAUUCUGCUUGUCACAGCCAAGUACUUUGUUUUAUUUCUCUCUAAUUAAUAACUACAUUCCAUGAGGCCUCUUCCAACUAGAGAGGCCUUUUCUUCCAGAAGAGUCCUGCAGGAGAUGCUGGUAUGAUGGGCACCAUUGGCUAAGUAAACUACAUGCAGGAAGCAGUCCUUGGGGCCAGUCUGCCAGCUGAGUCCUGGUUUUGGAUGAAGAGUUAAUGAGAUAUUGGGCCAGGCUCAAUGCUGUGGUUUUAAUGCUAAGGGGUUAAGUUUACUUCACAAAGUACACCUCUUAGUAACCUCUGACUUAGGCAGCUGCUUAAAGCAAAUUGCAAAACUGGCUUGAUUUGGAAUGUUUUUAUUACAGGAAAAAAGAAAGCCAUAUUAUCUGGAAAAAAUUUCAUUUUAAAUACCAUUAUUCAACAAAUUAUGUUCAGAAAGUGGUCAGAACUUAAGCAAGAAAAGUAAAGAAAGAAUGCAGGAUUGUGGAGCAACACUUUAGGAAAUAUUUCUACCUGAACACUUGUACUCUUGAAGUCAUAACAAAAUAAUGAUAAGCUUUUCACAUCACCUUUAUGGUUUCAAUCCCUAGCUCAAAGCUUCCUGGAAUCUUUUAUUUUUUGUAGACUUUUUUUUCUUUUGUUAAAAUAAAUAAAACAUUCAAUGUUUUUCUCCUUUUCUCUCUUAUUCUUUUCUUUGGCAUUUUCAUUUUGAAAUGCUUUCCUUUGGUUGUUGGUUUUAUUCUCCCCCUACCCCUCCCCUUUUCUUAUUAUUCAGAAUAUAAACCUGCAAAGCUCUGCUCUGUUUUGGUUUUGAAAAUUUAAGCUUUUCUGCUUCUGUGAGAGCACAGGCUUCUGUCCCUUUUGAUUCCAACUGAACUUUUGUGUUCUCUAAUGAUACUAACACGGUGUAGGUUUUACAGUCUCCUAAUUUGUACUGGUAAUGCAUAUUCCAAAUAAAUAGUUUCUUUUGUUGCAAAAAAAAA